AUGAUCCCACCCUCCGUCCGCCAGGGCACCUGCAGGAUAGCGCCUGCGGCGAGCCAGUCUCGCUCCGCGCAGACGUUCAAAGCCUUCUAUGCUACGAUACGAAACAACUGGCGGCAGCCACCAGCCCCUGCAGAGCCCGAAGAUGUCGAUCCCUCCGACAAGGACUUCAUAAUGUCUAUCUUGCGCGCGAAUCCCUCCCUGCGCGACACUCGGUCCUACCUCGCCUCAUUCGGACCUCGUCCCAAGCCCCCAUCGCCUGCCCCAGCGAAGUCGACGGAGGAGCCCGCCCCCACUGCCAUCCAAGAACACAGCACGAAAGAUGCUAUUCCGCCGGACAUCUCCCAGCAGCUCCAGAGCCCCGUCGUCGCGUCGAUCCUCAAUCCGAUCGUGCGGCGCACGGCCUUGGUGAAGAUCCAGGCGCCGUUCACAGACCGGCAGCUGGAGAGUAUCGCGACUGGUAUGGUCUACCUCGAGAAGCUGGGGCUUGUCAGCGUCAUCGUCGUGGAGAACGACAGCCUGCCGAAGGGCGAGGCAGGCGAGCGCGCCGCGCUGUCGGAGGAGACGAUGCGCGUCGUGAACGCACUCGAGAAGCAAGGCGCGAAGGCGCGUCCAGUGCUCGGCGCUGUCGUCCGUCUCGGCCCCAAACCAGGGGACGAUGAACUGGCGGAGCAACAGCGAGGAUUUGUCGUCCCAGAGGCACACACCUUCCCCUCCGACCUCGUCCACAUUCGCUCUGCACUCCAAGCAGGGGAGAUCCCUGUGCUCCCACCCCUUGCACUCGAUUCGUUCUGCCGCUCCGUCAGGGUGGACGCGAGCGACGUCGUCGCUGCGCUUACCCGGGGUAUGGUGGAAGCAGCGGCUCAGGAUGGCCGCAGUCGGGACCCGGGCUUCGACGGACACUCGGAAGACAUGGAUUUGACACCGCUGCGUCUGAUGAUUAUCAACAAAGAAGGCGGGGUCCCUUCUUACGCGCGCUCCGGGCUCCCUCACCUCCUGGUCAACCUCAACGCGGAGUAUCCUUACAUCCAAGACACAUUCGAUCCUCGUUGGCGUGCUUCGCACCCUACUGCAUUGUCUAACCUGGCUCUCGCACGCACAUGUCUCGAGUACAUGCCGCCCUCUUCAUCCGCCGUCAUGGUAUCCCACCGCUCACCGAGUUCGCUCAUAGCGAACCUCAUCACGAACAAGCCCGCGGUCAGCUCUAGUCUUCCGCACGCCCUGCUGCAAGGUAACCGCAAGCUCACGCCUGCGACCCCCACGCUCCUCCGGCGGGGGCUGCCCGUCCGUGUCAUCCGUACCCUAGCGGAUGUUGACAAGGUGAAGCUCAAGGCCCUCCUGGAGCAGUCCUUCCAGCGCAUCCUAGAUGAGGAGUCUUUCUGGCACCGCCUCGAAACUCACCUCGACUACGUGAUCGUCGCAGGGGACUACGCCGGCGCUGCCGUCGUCACGCGCGAGGGCGGGCACGGCGCCGACGGCGAGCCCAUCACGUACCUCGACAAGUUCGCGGUGCUGCCGAGCCACCAGGGCGACGGCACGGUGGACUUCCUCUGGGUCGCGCUGCACGACGAGUCGUACGGGCUCGGCCUGCCCUUCUCCGCGAACCCGAACGGGGGCAAGGAGGGCAAGGGCGAGGGACGCGACCUCGUCUGGCGGAGCCGCGCGGACAACCCCGUGAACAAGUGGUACUUCGAGCGCAGCUCCGGGCACAUCCGCAUGGGCCGCUGGGUGCUGUUCUGGUGCGACGCGGAGGUGCGCCUGAAGACGAUAGAGGGCCGCCGCGGCAGCCAGGGACUGUCGUACGUGGAAGACUGGGAGCAUGGCCGGCUCACGCACUGGGCUGAGGUCGUCGACAAGAUACCUUCGAGCUGGAAAAAGUAG